AUGGUUUGGAGUAACAAACAAUUACCUGUUUCCCAAUUCCCUUACUUAUACAAAAUUUUUCAUUUCUCCAACAGGUUGUUGGGCUUUUACAAGGGAAUUGUGCCACCCAUCUUAGCAGAAACUCCCAAAAGAGCAGUAAAGUUUUUCACCUUUGAACAGUACCAGAAAUUGCUAGGAUAUGUGUCACUGUCACCAGGAUUGACAUUUUCCAUUGCUGGAUUGGGAUCUGGACUUACAGAAGCCAUCAUGGUUAACCCUUUUGAGGUGGUAAAAGUUGGCUUGCAAGCCAAUCGGGACACAUUCAUAGAGCAACCGUCCACUUUGGCUUAUGCAAGACAAAUCAUUAAGAAGGAAGGUUUGGGACUGCAAGGCCUCAACAAAGGAUUGACAGCAACUUUGGGACGUCACGGAGUUUUCAACAUGGUUUACUUUGGUUUCUACUUCAACGUCAAAAACAUUAUUCCUGUCAAUGAGGAUCCAACCUUAGAGUUCUUGAGAAAAUUUGGGAUUGGUCUUCUGUCGGGGACAAUAGCCUCAGUCAUUAAUAUCCCUUUUGAUGUUGCCAAAAGUCGGAUUCAAGGGCCUCAGCCAGUUCCUGGAGAGAUCAAGUACAAAACCUGUUUUAAAACAAUGGCAACAGUCUAUCAGGAAGAAGGGAUUUUAGCUUUAUACAAAGGCCUGCUUCCCAAGAUUAUGAGACUUGGACCAGGAGGUGCAGUGAUGCUGCUGGUUUAUGAGAACACCUAUUCAUGGCUGAAGGAGAACUGGUGAUUACUGAGGAAAUGUUUUCCCUGCAGAAAAUGGAUGCUGUGCAGCAUCAUGAAGAGGAGAUGCUAUUGAUCAGCUGAGCUAGGCAUACAGUUAUGAAAGGGAAACCAGCUUGGUCAAGAACAAAGCCUAUUUUGAUACUUUAGAUUUUAUCUUUAGGCAAUUUGGGUUGGUAUUUUGAGAUACAUAAAUGAUAGAGAUACAGAGAUGAUAGAUGAAAGAUAGAUAAGAAAAAUAAUACAAAGCAAUGAGAUAUGUUGUGAAAAGAAAACUAAUAUGAAACAAUGAGGUAUAUAAGUUGAAUAUUAAAAUAGCAUAGAAAUCAGAUAUAUUUCAUAAGAGCAAUAUAAGAUAUAUAAAAAAAGAAGCAAUGAAGUAUAUGAAUAAAAUAUUAAAAUAGUAUAUAAACUGCACACAAGGAAUGUAAACAUUAUAAACUGCAAACAUGUACAAAAAGGAACAGGAGCAAGAGAUGUGGGGAGGAAGGGAGAGGAAAAGGGGUGAAAAAAGGAAUUAAGAUGUGUUAUGUACAUGUACCAACUUCCUGCAAGGAAUGAAAACAUGUACUAUACUCCUGUACUAAUAAUCUAAAAUAAUAAAAAAAUUAAUCAAUAAAAAAGCAA